GCAAAGUAAAUUUGUUUAACUUUAACUUAUCCGGUACAAAACAAUAAUAGUUCACACACGUGCUCGCUAAGGAAAGAUACAACAUUGUUGUGAAAAACAAAAACUACGCGUCACUCGCAAAAAAAAUUGAUUACGUUGCAAAAUACGCAAAACGUGCAAACGUCAAAUUACUACGAGAUAUACUAGUGCUAGUUGGUGGACGUAGUGAACGAAAUCGACGACGGAAGAAACGCUAUCGCGAGUAAAACAGCGCCGGGGCGCGUAAAACACGUUAGUAGGCAGUCAGCAAACAAACCGUCAAGAUAUACAUCAGAUCCGUUGCUGCAAAGCACGAAAAACUUUCGUACAAGCACAGAAAACAGCCUGUAAACUUUUCAUACAAAUUUAAAACGUAAAUCUGAAAUAAAUAAAAGUUUAACAGUUGAAAUUAGUGAAUAAAAACUAAAUAAAAGUGUAAAACUAUUUUAGCAAUAUGGUUAUCCAAACAACAAAACAAUGCGCGUGCAGAUGGAUCUUAAGACAUCAACACAAAUUGCGUCAACAAGCACGAAGCUGCAGUCUCAAAGUGAAAGAGCAAUUAAUCGGUAAUGAAGAUGUUCGUGAAUUUGAUCCGGAAUAUUCGUUCAGAGCAUCAGAUGCGAAAAUCACCCAUGCCGAACCACACCAAUUGAGGGUGAAGCCAAAUGUGGACAGCCUCAAGUUUGGACAGGUCUUCACCGACCAUAUGCUCAAAAUUUUCUAUCACAAAAAACUCGGCGGAUGGCAAAUACCAGAAAUCAUUCCUUUUGAAAAUAUUUCCUUGCAUCCAGCUGCAAAAGUUUUGCAUUAUGCGAUUGAAUUAUUUGAAGGAUUAAAAGCUUAUCGCGGCGUGGACGGACGUAUCCGCAUUUUCCGCCCGGACCUAAACAUGCAGCGCAUGAAUCUCUCGGCGAAAGAAUCAGGCCUGCCAACUUUCGAUGGCUUGGAAUUGAUAAGAUGCUUGAAUAAACUGAUCUCAAUCGAUCAGGAGUGGGUGCCACAUUGCGAAGCAUCCAGUUUGUACGUGCGCCCGACCCUUAUCGGUAUCGAUGGAACACUGGGUGUGUCGCAAUCCGAAUCAGCUUUACUUUUCACAGUUCUUUGCCCAGUGGGCGCGUAUUUUGCUGGUGGAAAUGAGGCUGUUAGCCUUUUCGCAGACCCCACAUAUACCCGUGCAUGGCCUGGUGGUUGUGGCGACCGCAAAAUGGGUUCCAAUUAUGGACCCACAAUCCGUGUUCAGAACCAAGCGGUCCUACGUGGCAAACAGCAAGUCUUAUGGCUUUAUGGGGAUGAUCAUCAGGUGACCGAGGUUGGCACCAUGAAUAUAUUUGUGUUCUAUGUCAAUAAAAAUGGCAAAAAAGUUUUGGCUACACCGCCAUUGAAUGGAUUGAUUCUGCCUGGAGUUACACGUUUCUCCAUUUUGCAAUUAGCUCGUGAGUGGAAUGAUUUCGAAGUGGAGGAACGAGUCAUUACAAUGAGUGACAUUGUAACGAUGCAGAAAGAAGAAAGGUUGUUAGAAAUGUUUGGUUCUGGAACCGCAUGUGUGGUCAGUCCGGUGAAAUCUGUGGAAUACAUGGGGGAGGAAAUCCCUGUACCCACAAUGGAUCACCAAUCGCCACUUUUCCGACGUAUUAGCGACACACUUUCAGGAAUUCAGUAUGGAAAAAUUAAACAUCCUUGGGCUCAAACCAUCGAUGAAGUUUAAAUUGCCUUAAACCUACAGUAAAACAAGAGAGAGAAACUUUGGAUUUAAUUAUGUUAGUUACUAAUAUAAAACGUAAGUUAUUAAGUGCAAACGUCCCGAUGGCCUGGUUCAAAACGACUGUGGUAUUAAUACUUAAAUUAAUUAAUCAUAUAUGAUUAGUUACUUUCAUCACAUUACUGGAAAGGAGUACGAAAUUGAAUUUGUAUAUAUUCAGAAUUGCUAGAUGUUUAAUGCAAUUCCUAAGAUAGUAAAUUAUAAGACGAUUGUAAUUGUAAAUUAAUUUAUGUAGAUAGAUACAAUAGACAGUUAAUUUCAAUAAAAUUGAUGCUAUACAA